CAGAGAGCGAGAUCCAUGCACAGGCUGACAGUGGGAGAAGCAGCAUUACUGAAAGGAUAAAGCUGUAUGAGACACUGGCUUUGUUCAGCCGCAGUAGAACUUACCUAUGUGCCGCCCGGGAAACUAAACCAGAGACUUGUAUGCAACCACAGAAAAUAUACAUAGGAGCCACUUGCACGCACCCAGAGAAUGAAAGCAGGGAUUGGGUCAGCCACUACUAAUGUACGAAUCACUAGCUGCGUUCAACCACAGAAAUUACAGCUAGGACUGACUGAAUACAGCCACAGAUAAUAUAGCAGCAUUGGUUCAGCCUCAAAGUUGCGUCAGGGACUGGCAGUUACAAUCCCGCCAAACAUAACAAGGUCCACCAGACUCGGUCGAGGAAAUAAAUGCAAACCUGGAAACUGCAGCCACAGUAAAUACAACCAUCAGGGGUUGACUCACAGUUGCUGAGUCGGAGCAAGUUAAAUCGGUAACAGACUGGAUUUCGCAUUAGUGAUUUCCGGGUGCCAUUCUGUGGAAAAUUGUAUUCAGUUGAACUAUUCCAAUGGGAUUUGAAUUGAUCUCCACAGACCAGACCAGACCAGUACAGUUUUCACUUUUCUUAAUAAGAAAAUGAUGGAAUUGUCUUUUCAUUGAUUAAAUCUAGAGUCAUCUGAGCCACCUGACAACUUUACUAACCCAAUAAUGACUCUGGCAUGAUGUAGGAGUUUGUAGACUGUAGCCAUCAUUCAGUUGCCAUGGUUUUGUACACAUCCGCUUUUCCGAACUCCUUUCUACAAACUCUUCAUUCCCUAGCCUGGAUACUAAUAUUUCCCUGCUAUUGGUUGACCGAUCGGCUGUUGGUUUCCUUUCUGCCUACCACCUAUGAGAAGCAUCAAAGAGGAGAUGAUCCAUGUUACCUGCGGGUGAUCUGUCUUGCAAUUAUCAUUCCAAUCUGCCUGGCAUUGCUGAUUGCUUCUCUGCCAUUUGCAUUGAUAGGCUUUGUGGUCUGGGCCCCUCUCCAAUCAGCUCGUAGACCGUACAUUUACUCCGGAUUUGAGGACAGCUCUGAUGCCAGCACAGCAACAGGGCCUGGCUAUUGGAAAGCAGCUGGUGGGAGAAGUUUCUGCUUUGCCACAGCCAACGUCUGUCUAUUGCCCGAUUCCUUGGCCCGUUUCACCAACCUUUCCAAUACCCAGAUUAGGUCCUCGGAGGUUGGCAAAAGAAUACGAAAUGGUGCCAGCCGACCUCAAAUUAAGAUUUACAUAGACUCCCCGACCAACACAUCCAUAAGUGCAGCAAGUUGGAGCAGUUUGGCAUGCCCUCAUGGUGGAGAUAGUGCCAACCGUGCAAACUGUGUGGGCAUCAAACGAACUUCCUCCAUGGACUACAAAGGAGACAACUUCAUUGGCAACUACAGUGACGAUGGCAAGGACUCCAAGCCUGGAGAGGAGCAAAAUGAUGGAGACAGCAACUCCUGUAUCGUUCGCAUUGCUGGCGAUGAGGCAGUCCACUUUCCUGGCAAGGAGGUGGACAUCUCUGGUGUGCAGGUCACCAUAACUGAGCCUUCAGAGCAGCAAGGAGAAACUGAAACUGACGAUGAGAAAUGCCAGACCCCCAACCAUAGACAUUGCGAAGGAGAUGGUGUCAGUUUAGACAGCAACACCACUUCCAGAGAAUCUCUGAUCAAGUUCAGGAUCACCGAUGGUGCAAUGGACAGCAGCGGUGGCACCAACAACAAAUUUGUCUACAAGGCCUCAGUCAUGAAGAAAGCUUCACUGAAGAAAAGGAGGCAUUUGGGUGACACAUUUGACCAUGAGCUUUCAGCUUUCUUUCCUGCCAAUCUGGACUUCCUCUGCCUACAGGAGGUGUUUGACAAGCGGGCAGCAGAGAAAUUGAAAGCACAACUAAACCCCUACUUUCAAUACAUACUGUAUGAUGUGGGGAGGUAUGCUUGGCACAGCUGUUGCAGCUUCAAGUUUUUGAACAGCGGGCUGUUUUUUGCGAGCCGUUACCCAAUUUUAGACGUUGAAUUUAAGUGUUAUCCUAAUGGGAAAGGAGAUGAUUCACUGGCAGACAAGGGUGCCCUGUUUGUGAAGGUGCAAGUUGGAACGACGCCUCAGGACCAAAGGAUUGUGGGUUACGUUUCCUGCACUCAUUUGCAAGCUCUGGCAGGAGAUGCCGCCAUUCGCUGUGAACAGAUGGACCACCUGCUGGACUGGCUGGCUGAGUUCCAAAAAUCUACCUCUUCAUCAAGUCCCACCAAUCCAGAGGAUCUGCUGGCGUUUGAUGUCUUGCUAGGAGAUCUUAACUUUGACAACUGCUCCUCAGAGGACAAGUUAGAACAGCAACAUUCGCUAUUCACCCACUACAGGGAUCCCUGCCGUCUAGGCCCUGGAGAGGAACAGCCCUGGGCCAUCGGUACCUUAAUGGAUCCAGAGGGACUAUAUGAUGAAGAUACUAUCACACCAGAUAAUCUGCAGAAGGUGCUCGAGAGUGAAGAGGGGCGCAGGGAGUACCUGGUCUUCUCCAACAGCAAGAAUCACUCAUCUUGUCAGAAAGGGAGAAAGGCGCCACAGAAGAACUGUGGACGGAGGAUCGACUAUGCAUUGUACUCUGAGGAAGGCCUCAACCCUGACUGGAAAGUGGAAGUGGAAGAGUUCAGCUUUGUCACCCAGCUGGCCGGCCUGACUGAUCAUCUAGCCGUGGCCAUGCGUCUCGCAGUAUCAACUGGAGAAGAGGACCCUUGACUUCAGGAAACAGCAAAAACCAUUCAGGAAAAUGUUACCCGUGUGGGAACAAGGGUGGUUUGCAUCUCAGGUGCAUAGAUAUGGGUGACACCCGACCAAACCUAGGCCCGAGGCCUCCCGCUGAAUUUGUUUAUAGAAAUUAUUUAGAAGGUGGUGUCAUGGGCAAUGAUCAAAGAUGGUUAUUGCCAUGUUCUACUCCGGAGGGAGAGGCCUUACUCUGGACUCCCAGAACAGUGGAGUGUGAAAAAUGACUUAGAUAUUCCUCACUGCCUUGGACUAGUGCCAUUCUUGAGGUGUUUUUUUUUUCUAAAUGCCUAGCACAACUUAGUUUGUGACCAGUAUGUAAAUGUGUUCGAUGUUCCUUUUUUUGCAUAAUCCUUUGUAUAACUUUCAAAGAAUCUAUCACUUUUUUGCCUUUCACUAAGCAUGGCUACAUGGCAAUGACACAGUAAGUGUUAGUGUGUGCCCCAUUCCUAACAGCUUUAGUGCAUGCCCCCUCUCUGCAGGUAAGUGUGUGUGUAUUUAUCUACGUAUAUCUUAAAGCCAACAUGCAAUUAGCUGCAAGCACAGGUCUGGACCCUUCUGUCAGUUGUUACUCGAACACAGUCACCCAAAACCCCACCUUGCUGGUAUUUCAGGUGUGGCUGUCAUGUGACCUUUGACAUACAGUCACAUGACUAACCCCUCAAACAGGGUCAGCAAGGAAGGGAAACUGACUGCUAUUGCCAAUUAAAAAUGAUUAUGCUGAAUUUUGUCAGGUUUAAUGGAAACCACACGAGACCUGUUCACAACGAAAGCUCAGUCUAUACAAACUGUUUGGACCAGCAGCACUGUUACUGAGGUGAGAGUUCCAAGGUAAAAGAUGGAGGUAGGGAAUUAUCCCACCUUUGGUCUAAUAAACAAAUAUGGGAUGAUAAUCAGAAAUAAAAACAAAAAAAUGCUGGAAAUAUUCAGCAGGUUAUGUCAACUUCUGUGGAGAGAAACAGAACUAACGUUUUACACCUACCAGCUGCAUGUUUCCAGUAUUUUGUUUUCUUUUUAAACUUACAAUUUCUAGCAGCUGUAGUAUUGUAUUUUUUUGACUGGGGUGAUAAUCAGUCCUGUCUGGAUACUGUAGCUCCUACAGAAAGUUACUGGGUCUAAAACCCCACGUCAACCACACCCUCUCAUUUGUAGUGCUGAGUGUUUACAGUGCGACAAAUGACCUGUGAUUAACAGUGAAAAUUGUUGCAACUUAAAAUUAAGUCAUGUCUUUCACUUUUCAUUCAGUGAAUCCUUCACCUGUCAGCAGUUACAGGAGUGAGAGUUAUGAUAGUGAGAACUACCGACAUUGUAAAAAGUGCAUACAAUCCUUUCUGGAGGGAAUGACUGAGCAUUGCUGACUCUAUGUGAGGGGCAUGCCAGUGAGCACUACCUAUACUGCCUGAUAGACCCACAGUUAACACUGCCAACCCUGUCCAGGGUAAGUCAGACAACCUUAACCAUUACACAGCUCACAUGACAUGCAGAAUGUUUUGUUGUAUAGGCAGGUCAAUUAUUUUUCUCCUUAUUCUUCACUUUCAUGUAACACCUGAGAGCUCGUUAAUACCCUGUGAUUGGCAUUAAGAUACAAAAAUUGCACAGGGAAAUCUCUGAAAUUGCCUCUCUCCUUUCUUGUGGCCAAUACUAGGUGUCUGGGAAGUGUGGUUUGGUUGUAGGUUUAGGAUUAUUAGGAAGUGUUUGCUCCAUGAGCAGCACGCAGUAUGAACCAUUCCUAAUAGGGAUUGGGGGGUGUUGUUAACGCUUGUGCAGAGAACAGUUCCAAGCUCUGUAGUCUUGCCCAUCUAGAAUGGUAAUGUACAGUUGAACGAUUGGAGCAGUGACUCUGCAAAUAACUCCAUGUGGAAUUAUGCUGGGCUCCCCCCAUCAGUACAAAAACAAAGGCUAGAGUACUCACAGAAAUCAUCAGCCACAAGUACCAUGUGAGUGAUUCAUCUUGGUGUCCUCCUGAGGAUCCAGUUUUACAAAUGCCAGCCAUCAAUCUAAUCCAAUCCAAUCCAAUCCAUGUGAUAUCAAGAAACAAAUUAAGGCACUAGAUAGCGUAAAGGCUAUGGGCUGUGGCAACAUUCUCACAAUGACACCGAAGACUUCUGCUCCAGAUCUAGAUGGCACACUAGCUAUGUUGUUACAACUACUACAACUGCAUCUACACUACAAUUUGGAAAAUUGCCCUGAUAUGUCCUGAACACAAAACACAGCAAAAAUCCAAUUACAGACCCAUUAGUCAGGCAUUUAUCUACACUGACAGUUUGGAAUACAUCAGGGUCCCCUAGCUCCUGACCUCAUUAUAUCCUUAGUUCAAGUAUAGGGACAGAAGUGCUGAACACCAGAAACAAGUUGACAGUGACUGCCUUGACAUCAAGGCAACAUUUGACCAAGCAGUCUGUGUCAUACUGGUCAUGUCAUCGGACCAAUAAUCCAGCAUCCCAGGUUAAUGUUCUGAGGGACGUGGCUUUGAAAUCCCAUAGCUGAUAAGGAAAUUUGAAUUCAAUGAAAAAAAUCUAGAAUUAACAGCUAGUCCGAUGGCAACUAUGGCAGUUACGGUAUUCAACAAUGGGUAUAAUCUGGUUCACUUUAGGGAGGGAAAUCUACCACCCCUAGCCACAGCCACAGCAAUGUAGUUGACCUGUAAUUGUCCAAUGAAAUAGCCUAGCAAGUCCCUCAGCUCAAGGACAAUUAGUGAUGGGAAAUAAUUCUGACCCAACCAGUGACACCCACAUCUCUUGAAUGAAUUCAAAAUAAAACAAGUGUGGUGUCAGGAGCCCGAGAAAAAACUGAUGUCCAUGGAAUCAUGAGAAAAUACUCUACCAGCUGGAGUUACAACUAGUCCAAAGGAAGAUGGUUGUGGUAGUUGGAGGCCAAUCACUCCAAUCCCUCAAUAUUGCUUCAGCAGUUCCUCAAGAUUGUGUACUCAGCCACAUCACCAGUAACUUGCCUCCAUUACAUGUUCAGAGGUGGAGAUGUUUGCUGAUGUCUACGCAAUGUCCAACAACAUGCACAACUCCUCAGAUACUGAAAAAGUCAAUGUCUAUAUUUAGCAAGGCCUCAACAAAACUCAGGCUUGGCCAUUAGGAAGCAAGUAACAUGUACACCACAGACAGUGCACCAGGAAGUGCCCAGCUCCAACAAAACAGAUUCUAAACAUCUUCCCUCAAAAUUCAACAGCAUUAACAUCACUGAAUUCGUCCACUAUCAACAUUCAGAGGGGUUGAAACUGAAAUGGACCAGCCAUACAAAUACCGUAGCCACAAUAUUAGAUCGGAGGUUGGCAAUUCUGUGGUACGCCUCUUGUGUCCACGAAGCCUAUCCAUCAUUUACAAGAUACAAAUUAGCAGUGUGAUGGAAUACUCUCCACUUGCCUGGAUGAAUGCAGCUCCAUCAACACUCAAGAAACUUUACACUACACACAACCAAGCAGCCUCCUUGAGUGACAACGCAUCCAUCAACAUAAAUUCCCUCCCCCAGUGAUCACAGUGGCAGCAGUACAUACCAACUUCAAAAUACACUACAGCAACUCACCAAAGCCCUUUUGACAGCACCUUUCAAACUGGCUACUUCCACCACCUAGAAAAAACAAAUGCAGCAGUUGCUCUGUCACAAACAGCUGCAAGUUCUCCUCCAAGUCUCAUACCACCAGAUUUAGAACUAUAUAUCUGUUUUAUCACCAUCACUGCAUCAAAUUCUGAGACUGCUCUCCGUAAUAGCAUUGUAUGUGUAUCAACAACCCAAUGCUAUAGUGGUUCAGGAAGAUGGCUCUUACCAUCACCUUCUCAAGGGCAAUUUGGUAAAGAUAAUAAACUUUGCCUGAGUCAACAAUAUACAUCCCAUGAAUGAAUAAGGGGGAUUACAAAACCUAUCAAUAACAAAAACUGAAAUGAUCAAUACUUAAGGCUUACUGGUACUGUUCCUUCAUUACAGGAAAGAUCCCAUUUCCAACAUGUCUAUUCCAAAAUAGCUGCAGUGGACCAUAGGUUAGUUUCUCAUUUUCUAUAGUAACAAAAUCUAUAUCAGUUGUUGUUUCCAAAUAAAAAUAAAUAUUAGGCAGCUCAUUCAGUUUCUGGCCAUUUAAUUCUCCCCUUGAUUGAGGGGGUUAUGUCUGGGGAGUUCUCUGCCAUAACACUCCACUGUAAAGACACUGCAUUCUGUAGCACUGACAGGUCGGUAGUUUGACUCAUCAAAUGCUCUUCAACAUUACGAUGAGCACUGUUUUAUAUCUUAUCUGGACAAUUAGAGUCAAUGUGGGGCUAGACAUGCCUAUUGUACGGGAUUGAUUUGCUGAAGAGGAAUAGAAUCUGUGUGGUAUUUACUGGUUGAGCCCUCAUUGCCAUUAAUAGCUGUGAGCAGCUCCUUUAACUGGAAUUAACUGGAGUUAAUGUACUAAUGUAGAGUUCGUAGUGGUUUCCCAUCGUUAUCCACAAGUAGUUCUGUGUGGAGGCGACCUGCUGAACAGACAUAAUUCUGUUAAAUGUCAAUCUUAGCCAUAUUGGCAGCUUGCCAUUAGCUCAAUUCCCAAGGAACAGCUUGAGGUGAGCAUCUGGCAUGUUGGCCUCUUGAAGGAAAACACUCUCCCUGGGACUCAGCACCAACUGCUUCACCAGCUGUUAAGUGUUCUUUAUUUGUCUUUAAAUCAGCAAGAUAGCAUCGUGCUGUCUUUUCUUCACUGACUCAGUUCCAGGGCUCCAAUGAGAUAAGACUCCUCCUUUUCAUCUUUCCUUCCUCCAACAAUUUUCAGACUUGUAGAAGUUAAUCCUCUUGCCAUCUAUACUGGUUUUAUUUGCUUUCCUCAAUAUUUUAUAGCUUUGAACCUCCUAUGCUGGGAACAUAUAGAUAAUAUUCAUACAGGAAAUCUUGCAUCGAUAUAAAGCCAUUCAGAACGUCAGGAUGGUCCAAAGUGCUUUACAAUCAAUUUAAUAUAGUAAUAAUUGUAACAUACACAACAGCUCAUUAAUGCAAGCAAGAUCCCACAAAUAAGGCAAUAAUGUUCAGAUAAUCAAUUUUUGUAAUUUUAGUACAGGCACAUUGGCCAGGAUGUGGAGAAGAACACCCCUGCUCUUCUUUCUGGGAUCUUUUACAUCUACCACAGACGAUAAAGAGGCCUGUUUUAAAAUAUCCAAUGUAUCUUCCCAUUAUU